CUGCACACAUUGCCAGGAGUUUAUAUUUUUUCCUGCGCAGCUCACGAUCUGUGCGCGCAUGGGGUUGGAGGCAAUGCAUUCCGCCCUUUAGUUUUGAGAAGUGCUUGUCCCGGGGUUUUCAGAGACUCUUUCACUUUCCCUGUCUCUCUCUCUCUCUCUCAGACUGGGAUUGCUCAUGCCUGUCACGGCGCAGCAAGCGCAGGCGCUAGGAGCUGUCCACUGGCGUUGGUGCUGAUCGCCUCCCUCUCCCAACACCUUCCCACAGCGAGGGAGAUACAGAGACGGGAGGCACUGGCAGUGCCACUCCACCGAGUGCUACCGCCUCACCCCCAGUCAUGGGGAAGUCUCUCUCCCACUUUAACCCCUGAUCCACACCUUUCCUGGGGGAAAAAAAAAGGUUUUAUUUUCGCGGAGGGAGGGGGUAGGGUGGGAUCCUUCCAUUGUCCUAUUUUACUUUGCCCAAUUUUGAGAUUGGAUUUUACCAGCAGGGAAUAAGGAUUUGUUUUCCCGGCCAGUUUGGGACCGAAUGUGGACAUUUCAUGGCUCCUUAAGUAGGGUCCACAAGACGGAGUCAUUUGAAUUCAAGAACUAGUGGUGCUUUGAGAGUCUGGACAGAUGGCUUGAGUUUGCCUUUGUAAAAUCUUUGUGCAUAUAAUCAUUACAUCAUGCUGAAUAAGCCAGCUGCUGACAAUUUCUGGUGGAAGUAAGCGUUCCGAUGGAAUUAUCUGGAAAAGGAGUUGGGGAGUUCUGACCUUACAAGAACAGGUCACAGGGAGGGUCAACACAUCAUCCAUGGAUCCUUUUAGCAUGAUUAUGUUCAAUGAAACCUAUGAAGGGAACUGGACUGGAUCGAUCAAUGACACUGAAGCUGAGCAAAAAUAUCAGUACAACUAUUAUGCCAUGCUCCUGACUCUUCUCAUCUUUGUGAUUGUAUUUGGCAAUGUGCUGGUGUGCAUAGCCGUAUCCAGGGAAAAAGCCCUGCAGACCACCACCAACUAUCUGAUUGUCAGUCUAGCAGUGGCAGAUCUCCUUGUGGCCACUUUGGUAAUGCCAUGGGUUGUCUAUGUGGAGGUGGUGGGGGAGUGGAGAUUCAGCAGGAUCCACUGUGAUAUUUUCGUAACUCUGGAUGUCAUGAUGUGCACAGCGAGUAUCCUUAACCUUUGUGCCAUUAGCAUUGACAGGUACACUGCUGUUGCCAUGCCGAUGCUUUAUAAUACGCGGUAUAGCUCCAAGCGAAGAGUCACUGUUAUGAUCUCCAUUGUCUGGGCUCUGUCCUUUGCCAUAUCCUGCCCGUUAUUAUUUGGACUAAAUGACUCAGAUACUAGGGAUGACACCAUCUGUACCAUGAUCAAUCCAGACUUUGUUGUCUAUUCGUCCAUUUUCUCGUUUUAUAUCCCUUUCAUUGUCACGCUGCUAGUGUAUGUCCAGAUCUACGUCGUGCUGAGGAAAAGGAGGAAGCGGGUAAACACAAAAAGAAGCAGUCGGUUUGAUUCCGAAAUCCGGGCACCAUUAAAGGAUAAAUGUACCCACCCAGAGGAUGUGAAGCUGUGCACAGUAAUUGUGAAAUCAAAUGGAAGUUUUCCAGUCAAUAAAAAGAAAGUGAUCCUGGUUCAGGAAGCGGUCAACCACCAGGAUGAUAUGGAGAUGGACAUGAUGUCAUCGGCUAGUCCACCACUGGAGAAGACCAAGCGCAAAAUAGCGAUGGUCAACCGUCAGCUGACAGCGCCCAUUCCGUCCAACCCAGGUGCCAGCACAAGCAUGCCAUCGCCUGGAGGCAGCCCAGCAAAAGGUGAGAAGAACGGACACCCCAAAGAUAUAACCACAGCACCCAAAGCUUUCGAAAUCCAGCAGUUGCCAAAUGGCAGAACAAGAACUUCACUGAAGAGCUUGAGCAAAAGGAAGCUGUCCCAGCAAAAGGAGAAAAAGGCAACUCAGAUGUUGGCCAUUGUCCUUGGUGUCUUUGUUAUAUGUUGGUUGCCAUUCUUCAUCACCCAUAUUCUCAACAUGCAUUGCACUACCUGCUUAAUCUCGCCAGCAAUGUAUAGUGCUGUCACCUGGUUAGGAUAUGUCAAUAGUGCUGUGAACCCAAUCAUUUACACCACCUUCAAUGUGGAGUUCAGAAAAGCGUUCAUCAAAAUCCUCCACUGCUGAAGAAUUUGCCUAGAGAAUGUAAUUGUCCCACAUUUCUUCAAAGCUGCACCAUGGAAGUGUACAGAGAUGGCUUUUCUUUCAUCGACCUCACACUUUGUAUUGCUCUUCUCUACAAAAGAGCCUUAUCCAACAUAUGUGUCAUUGUGGAUUGGAAAACGAACAAGGAAAACAAAGUUGUAUCAUUGAAGACACUAAGGGACUUUAUCCCUCUUCACAACUAAAGUCGCCUGUCCUUUCAACACUGAGAGUCAACAGCAUGAUAAAACCUAAGUACAUCUCCAUGUCUAGAAAUUUCCAUGUGACUAUUCCAUGACUGCCAAAAACUGCUUUCGAGUCAGUGAAAGAAGCUACCUGGUAGUUCAGUGGACAGGUGAGCUUUGGACAGCUAGGGAAAAAAAACAAAAAUGAUUCUCACCAUCAGACUCUCAAGAACGUCUUUAUCUCAUCCACUUAAGAACAUUAACUUCAGCGAGACCAAUGACAGAUAGUCACCCAAUAUAACUGGUUGCAAAGCGUUAUAUUUGAAUGUAAUUACUGAAUUCAGUAUUGGUCAUAAAAGGUGAACUUUAGUAUUUGAAUUGUUAUGGACUGGUUGUCUGGAGCAGUUCUUUCAAGUCACAGAUUCAAACCCUGAAUUAGUAUUCACUGAGGCCAACUACAAUGAAGUCUGGUCAGUUUUUGUUUAUAUCUCAUUAGAGAUAACGUAUUGAAGGUAAGAAUAGUAUAAGGUUUUGCCAGAUGCCAAACUAAACUGCAAUUGAAUCAAGUCAAAUUAAAGGUGUAAGUUUCAACAUGUCCAUUUCACACGUGUACAAGAGUUAGAGAAGCUUGGAGUAUCAUAAAUUGUGAUAGUUUGGUAUCAGCAGAUGAUUGACUACAAUAUAUCAACAUCCUGAGUGUUAGCAUUGACCAGAAACAAAACUAGAUCAGCCAUAUAAAUAAUAUGGCACAAGAGCAAGUCAUUUGCUAGGAAUCCUGCAGCAAAUAACUCACCUCUGGAUUCUCCAAAGCCUGUCCACCAUUUACAAGGCAUAAGUCAGGAGGGUGAUAGAAUACUCCCCACUUGCCUGGAUGAGUGCAGGUCUAACAACACUCAAGAAGCUUGGCACCAACCAGGACAGAGCAACACACUUGAUUAACACCCUAGCUACUGUCUUCACCAUUCACCCCUUCACCACCAACACACAAUGCCAACUGUGUAUUGUCUACAAGGUGCAUUGCAGUAACUUACCAAAGUUCCUCUGAUGUUGCAUUCCAAACCCAAGGCCUCUACCACCUAGAUGACAAGGGCAUUAGAUGCAAUGGGACAUCACCCCCUGCAAGGUCCCCUCCAAACCACUCAGCAUCCUGACUCAGAAUUAUGUCACUGUUGGUUCAUUGUGACAAGGUCAAAAUCUUGGAUCUCCAUUCCUGAGGACACGGUGGAUGGACCUAUUCAGUAUAGACUGCAGGGAUCAAACAAGGCAGCUCACCACCAAUUAGGGAAAUUCGGGAUGAGUGAUAACUGCUGGCCCAGCCAGCGAUGCCCACAUCCCAUGAAUGAAUAGCAAAAGAAGUCUCAGUAUCCUUCCUCUGGCAUGGGAAAAUAGCUUCAAGGAUUCCCAUUGCUUACUCAAGGAUUUGUUGGCUGGAGCCUGGAGUGCUUUUAGUGUUGGAUGAAGCUAUAGAGUCCUUCAGAAUUGGGAGGUUUGUUGACACUCAUGUCUAACUUUCCAUAUCAAGAAUGUUCGAAUAAAUGUGUGGAUAACACAGAUUCAAAAAGAUUGCUGAAAAUACCCACUCCUUCAGGGAACAAGUCAUAAACGCUGGUUUUAUCAGUGAUGACCAUCUCCUGAGAAUUAAUCCUUUCACCAAAAAAUUGAGAAUGAGGUACUGGAGGAUAUCAGUGCCUGUAAAUCCACCUCUGGCAAAAUUCCACAGAAGAAUUUUCAGAAAAAAGUGUGUACAAAGCAAUUUAAAUUGGAGGAAGCAUUGACAAAUUAAGAUUGUGUGAUGCAAUGAUUUGAUUCCCUGAGAUCAUAUUUCAAUUAAUUAAUAUAACUUCAUUGGCUUGAGAGGUAUUUUAUUGUACUUCAGAUACUUUUAUGGCAGUGUGUGGCAUUUCUGCAAUGCUCAAGAGCAGAUUAGGAAAGGGCACUGGUUCAGACAUGAAUGAAAUUCACUAAUCAGGCCAUUUACAUUCUCCUCCAAAUCAUAAAACAAAAAAUUAGGGGUCCAGGCACUGAUCCCUGCAGAACAUCACUGGUCA